AACAGUGUGGAGCGUACACAGCUGUUCGUUCUUUCAUAGAACAGUGUGGGGUGUACACAGCUGUUCGUCUUCUUCAAAUAACAGUAUGGGCGUACAUAGCCGUUCGUUCUAUUUUCCCGAACAGUGUGGGCGUACACAGCUGUUUAUUAAAUUUUCUCGGUACAGUGUGGGGCGUUCACAGCUGUCAAACUAACCAGUUUCGUUGUAGUUCCGCAGCGUUGAAUAGUAUCG